GAGGUACAGUAGGACUGAGGUACAGUAGGACUGAGGUAGAGGAGGACUGAUGAGGAUAUUAAUAUGUGAUGUGUGUUCCUUCCAGGAACUGGAGAACCUGAGGAAGCAAGCAGAGAUCAUCCCUCAACUCAUGGCAGAGUGUGAGAGCAUCACAGAGAAACUACAGGCUGCUGAGGUGAAGAACAAGGACCUGGAGGAUAGGAUGGAGGGUCUUCAGGCCGACAUCGAGGACAGCCAGUCCAAGCAGGGCAACAUGAAGGGAGAGCUGAAGAAGUUCAUGGACGUCCUGGAUGGGAAGAUUGAUGAGCUGCACGAGUUCAGGCAGGGCCUGUCCAAACUAGGGGUGGAUAACUGAGGGAGGAAGAGACAGAGGAGAGGAGAGAGGGAUGGAGGGAUGGAUGACCGGUUAGAGAUGGAGGUUUUAUAAAUACCUUCAGGACAGGACUCUGUGGUGCCACGCCCCCAAAGUGGAGACCACACUGAACCAAUCAGCUGUAAACACACUACACAGUACAGUACAGAGGGGGAGGGAUGGAUGGGGAGAAAGAGGGGGGGGGGGGGUUGAGAGAGGCCAGGGCAGGCAGGGGAUCACCUGAUGGUUCCAUCUGGUGUAUCAGUCAGUCAGUGUUCUGGAACUAGAACCUAGAGUAUUCUCUCUGGUUACCGCUCUGUCUCUGUGGGGGGAGACAGGUUCCAGUUCUAGAACAGGUGACAGGUUCUAUAGUUCUGUCUGUUGUUUCUACAGGCUGAACUAAGAGGGAAGAAAGGGUUUAAAAAGGGCUACAUGUAUUUAAACUACAGCUAAUGCAGUACAACAACAGAUACGUAAUGAUCCCACACUAUCCUCCUGGUCUCUUUAUGACAUGAGGGAAAUAUAGAAGAUAUAUACUUUUUAAGACCUGUCUUUAUAUUGUUGCUUCAUGUCGAUCUCAGGUGUGUUUAAAGACAGUUUGUUACUUGUUAGUUAAUAUGCGCAUACACGACAAAUACAUGACACGGCGGUGUCAUCAAGUGCCUCAGGAGAACCGGCCAAACUAGACGGAUGAUGACCAUGUAUCACCAUAGUAACGCACUAAUUAAAUAUUGCUAUGAAAAUUAAAAAUGUUUAAACAUUAUUUAAGGAAUCCUAGUAGUGUGACAACCACAACAGGACAACCACCACAACAACAACAGCCACCACAACAAUGACCACAACAGGACAACAAUGACUACAACAGGACAACAACAACCACAACAGGACAACAACAACACGACGACAACAACAGGACAAUAACAACAGGAUGACAACAACAACAGGACAACAACACGAUGACAACAACAGGACAAUAACAUCAACAACCGAACAAUAACAACAACAGGACAAUAACAUCAACAACACGACGACAACAACAACAACCACAACAGGACAAAAUGAGAAGAAGAGGAGAAAAAAGGAGAAAAAUCUUGUUUGAAAAAAGUAGUUCUGUUGAUGACGUCAUAAUGACGAUGACGUCAUAAUGACGAUGACGUCAUAAUGACGAGACCGUGAAGGGAAUGAACAGAUGUUUGGUUCAAUAACAGAAGUUUGAAGGAUUUAAAGGGUUUCGGUAAACAUGAACGUUUUGAAUCUGCAGUCAUUCUGCAGCACUGUAAUGUAAUGCGCAUAAGAAAUGAAGACGAGGCUCCUUUUAGAAAUGUGAAUAGAUGAAACCAGGACUUUAUAGUCCGAGGAGGCAGAGAAACCCUAAACUAUGCUAGAUAACCCAUUUGUAACGAGUGCAAUGUUUAAUGAGGAUUUUGCAUGUGUUAUAGUUCAUAUUUCUUUCUGUCAGUUUUCUAGAACAAAAGUAUGAAGUAUGUCUUUAAAAUCUGUUGUUCAUAUAGGAUAUGUGCUUCCUCUACUACUUUGGUCUGUUUGUUUUAUUAGUAUGGUCAGUGGGGAUAUUUUAGGGGGGACUUGGUUGUUGCUGCUGGCUGGGUGAACUAUGACAAAGAAUACUUUAUGAGAACAACACAUGAUCUGGGCCUUUAAAUCAACCCUGUGAGAUCUCUUCAGUUUCAGUUAUUUUGCUGAUUUUCUUUGUGUUUGUGCCUAUCACAUUUAUUCUCUCUAUGGAAGUGGCCCCAGUAGAUAUGACAACAUUACCUUAAUGUGUGGAUGUUUCUCUACAGAUUAUAUUAUAUGUACCCAUUUUUCUGGGCUCAACUUUUAUAUAAUAUAAUAUUUUGGGAGCGGGUAUGGUGUGAUGAUAUUAUACAGUCCCUCCGUUUAAAAACGAAACACACCCAGAAGUCUACCUUUUACAGAACGCAGUCAUGAUGAAUUGUAUUU